UGGAAAUUCAAUUUUAUGAAAUUUGAUUUUAAUUAUAUAUUCACUGCCGAGUAUUUCUAUGUUGCUAUCAAGAUGGCAGCUGACGUUGACGAGUUGGACAUUAAUCCCGUUUACCAGGCCCUUCAGACCAACUUUUUGUCUCAGUUUGAAGAAGCUCAGGAGAAAUGUUAUGUGAUUUGUAUUCCACAGUCAUCUUCACUUACUGGUGUUAACAUUAAUUCAAAGUUUAUAAAGUCACAUCUGUUGAAACCUUCACCAUUUUUUAAAGGCCAAUAUUACACUUCAUGUUCAAAAGGAAAGAUUGUUUAUCUUGAGAAAAAUGAACUUUAUUUGGAAGGGUUUUUUGGUGGAUCACGGACAAAGAUCUUAAAUGAAGAAAUUGGCUACAACAAGAUAUACAAGCCUUACAAAAUACUUGUCCUAGACAAACCACUGGAUCCAACCUUAAAGCCAGCAAAGAAUGGGAACAAAUCUCGGAACAGCAAUCUGUUUAUGCCAAAACCAACUGCAGAAGAGUGUUGCCAGUGGUUGUUGUCAUUUCCAGAAUUUGAACCGAUCUUGAAUGACCUGGAUAUUAGAAUAAGAAUGUUUAACACAAACUACAUGGUACUGCCAUGCUAUUUGGAGAAUACUGCAACUCAUCUCUCAGAAUUGGCAGAAGAAACUGUGACGGAUGUAUAUGACUACUACACUGAAUACAUCAAACCUCAGAAAUGUUGUGCUUGUGCACCACGGUUAAUUCAGAAUGAUAUCCGGUUUCUCUCAGUUCUGAACUCUUCAAUUGAAAGUUAUAUAUUGGAGAAUGUCUAUGAUACUGUGUUCCCUGUUAUUCGGCAACAUCAUGUCGAAGCUGACCAAGCCUUGCUGACACGCUGCAUUGAGUUGAGUGCUGGUAAUAACUUACAAAUAGGUAUUGCUCAGCAAUUUGACUGUGAUUUACCUGAAGCUUGUAACAUCCUUCAGAUGCUGGAUAGUUUGAAAACUCCAUUGGAGAAAUUAAUAUCAGUGAAAUCCUGUAUGGAUAGCAUCUCAAGUGGAAUCUCACAACAUACAGAGAAAUCGAGACUAUUCCAUAAACGCGCUAAUCCAUCCAUCUGUAUUACCUCAGAUGACCUUAUUCCUUUAUUGGUGAAGGUCUUGAUAAAGGCACAGUGUCCACAUCUACAGAGUAACAUAUUUUACAUGGAUGUGUUCAACUGGUCAGCAGCAUCAAAGGACAAAGACAAUAUCAGUUACUGUUUGGUGACACUGAAAGCAGCUGUGAUCUACAUGAAGGAGCAAAUCAUGACGACUUCUCGUCCUCUUUCAGAUCCAACUCCAACUAUUCAACAUACCCAUAAGUCACAGUCAGAAGCAAUGGGUGCACGUAUGAAAUAUAGCGAAUCCUCAUCUGGAGUCACGUCACUAAAUACUCACCUGGAAAGGCGCCGGCCGCCAAAAAGUUUAGAUGAAACAAUGGACAAUAUUACAAGACGUCUCAGGGAGAUAUCCAAUGAAGAGGCACCUGUUAAGAAUAAGAGGACUAGUAGUAUAUUUGGACCUUACAGUAAGAAGAUUUCGAUAACAUCUACAGAGUUAGUCCCAACGAAGACAAGUACUAAUACCAGCAAAAGUGUUAAAAAACCUGAUUUAGGGGAUUUCUUAUCAAAUCUUCAAGACGAUGUGUUUUGUGAAACAUGCGGUUGAAAACCAAAGCCAGAUACAGGACCUUAUUAGAUAUAUGAUCAAGAACAUAUUUGCUCAAAAGGCUCUUUUCACAACAAUAAAAUGUUCAAAACCAGUGAAAUUUUUUUUUGAAGUUAAGGAUUAUAAACUAAUGGAGGAAUCAAUUUUCACUGAACAUUAAAAGAAAAAAAAAAUUAGAAAAUGGACCAAGAAACAAAAAUCACCAGAUACACCAAUGCCUCUUAGGUACUAAACUCACCUGAAACAUGUCAUCAAGAAAGUUUUAUAACAAGUAGGGAACUAGAAAUAUCAGCAAUUCUGCUGAUUAACCAGCCGUCCACACUUAUCUUCACUGGAAAACAGGGGUCUGUGAAAUGUGAUGAUAAAUCAGUGCAAUUUUUUUUAAAAGAAUUCCUUUUUGAUUUGAUUUCAGAUAAUGUCUCAAUAUUCAUUUUAUAAGUUGGGAUCAACAUAAAAUAUAAUAAACAUAUAUUUCUAUUUCACUGAAAGAAAGGAGAGAGAGACAGACAGACAGACAGAGAGAUGGGAAAUAUGUAAACAAGGAUUUGAACCUGCUUUGGGUAUUCCAAAGGGAAGUUUAUGUAAAUGAAUCUAAUAUACAAAACUGGAAGUCUAAAUUAAUUAAAGACAUUUCUAUCUAUAGUAAUUAAUAAUCUAAAACUGUGGUGCAUACAUUCCAUCUAUAUGGAAUAACAUAAUAACUUAGAUAAAUUUGUGUUAACAUAUUUAAUGGUUUUUUUUAACUAUAAAUGGUUGUGUGGUUUAAGGAAAGUGCAACUGAUUCACAUAGUUUCCGGUUCAAUCCUGCAGCAUGGCACUUUGGACAAAUGUCUUGCACCAUACUCAUAAGUUGACCAAACAUUUGUGAUGUUAGAAUAGAAACUGUCUUACACAAAUAUGUAUAUGUGUGCAUAUAACAUUCAUGGAUUUAUAUCAGCCAAUUAAAUCAGUAUCUGUAACUACACUGAUUUGUCACUUGUCACAAAUGCAGUGAAUGGCAAAGCUGGAAAUCUCUAACCAGUAAUGCCAUUGUUUCUCAUUUGUGAUAUUAAAUGUGUACUGAGGUAAAAAAAAAAAAAAAAAA